UUAGCUAAUUAUCUGUGCUUAUUAUUAUCAGAAUUUGUUUUGUGUGUUUCUAUAAAUUUUAUUGAAAUUAAAAUGAUGAAAACGUCGAGCCUGGGAUCUGGUUCUCAUAGACCCUUAUCGGGUCAGCUUUAUAAAUACACAAACGUUGUUAAGGGGUGGCAGCAACGGUGGUUUGCGGUGGAUCCUGAAACUGGUGUCCUCUCUUAUUACUUGUAUGAUGGACCUGGAGAUAGUAUACCACCAGGACAGCCGGCCAGAGGAGAGGCACACCUGGCUGCAGCGGUGAUAUGUCCCAGUGAUGAAGACUCUCGCACAUUCACCAUCAACUGUGCGUCUGGUGAUAUGCUCAAGUUGAGAGCAACAGAUGCCAGAGCCAGGCAGGAAUGGGUGAACAGUCUGCGAGCAAUAGCCGAAAUACACACUAAAGCAAUGGGAGCCAACCCACCAUUACAACCCCGGGAACAGCUUGCUGUCCACGACGCCAUGGCGUCAGCGAGGCAGCAGCUACAGGCCACAGAAUUGAGCGAUGCUGCUUUGGCGAGAUGUAUAGAGUCAUCAGACUCGCCGUUCCCGCACACUGAUCCUGACCUGUUGCUUUUGAAGGCGACAUCAGCGGCGAAUAUGCAAUGCCUCCUGCAAUGCUUGGGCAUCCUGCACAGGCAGCAGCAGUAUGUGAGCGUGUCCAGCGGGAAGCACUCCGAUAGCGAUAUCCAUUGAUAAUAAAUCGCCUGAAAUAUGUGAUAGAAUUGACUUAGCCAUACUUAUUGACUCCUAAUAGAGAUGUGGAUAUAGUAUCGAUAUCUUUCGGUAUUAAGUAUUUAUCCUAUAACGCAAUCGUUAGUUAUUGUUAACGAAAGUCUCAAUAUUCUAUAGAAAAUGUAUCGAUACUUUUUAGUAUAAUACCGAUUUAAUUUUCAUAGUUAGUGGUAUUAGUAUCUAUCGACUCCUAAUAGAGAUGUGGAUAAAUUAUCGAUUACUUCGGUAGCGAGUAUCGAGUAUCCCAUAACGCAAUUGUUAUCGUAUAGAAAAUGUAUCGAUACAUUUUAGUAUGAUACUGAUUCAAUUUUCAUAGUAAGUGGUGUCGGUACAUAUCUACUCCUAAUAGAGAUGUGAAUAAAAUAUCGAUACCUUUCGGUAUUAUUUCUCUCAUAAUGAUUGAUUCCUUAGAAAAUAUAUCGAUACGUGUUCGGUGUGAUACCUAUUACGUUUUCUUGUGAUAUGUUUACUGGUGUACUUUUUGACUGGUAAUUAUAGUAUCUUGUAGUAAAACUACUAAUACAAUUUGACUACAGAAAGUUUGUUUAAACUUCAUUUAUUUAUUAAAACGUAACUACAUGAGUCAUUGUCACUUAUUUAAAAAAAUAUGAAAUAGUUAAUUAUAAAUUUGACCUUAUA